AGGGGCAGCACAAGCAUUUCUCAGGUUUUCAUCUGAAGCCAACUACCAGAACACAAGCAAGAUGAUUCUCUCUGAUGCUGAGAAGGCUGCAAUUGUGUCCCUCUGGGCAAAAGCAUCUGGCAAUGUCAAUGCCCUUGGAGCUGAAGCUUUGGAAAGGCUAUUUCUGAGCUUCCCUCAGACUAAGACUUACUUCAGCCACUUUGACCUGAGCUCUGGCUCUCAAGAUCUCCAGGUUCAUGGAGGAAAGGUCCUGGGUGCCAUUGGAGAGGCCACCAAACACCUGGACAACCUGGAUGCUGCUCUGUCCAAGCUGAGUGACCUGCAUGCUUACAACUUGAGAGUAGAUCCUGGAAACUUUGGGCUUCUGUCCCACACUAUCCAGGUGACUCUGGCUGCCCACUUCCACGCUGAAUUUGAUGCCACAGCCCAGGCUGCUUGGGACAAGUUCCUCGCCGCCAUCUCCACUGUUCUUACCUCCAAGUACAGAUAAGCCUGUGACAAUAACACAUCACAUCUAUGGACCAUUUCCAGCAAAUCCACUGCUGUGUUCAUUGUGUUAAUAAAACCAUUUUCUUAUAAACCA